UUUAUAUCAGCCCUGAGAGGUAGGCAACUUAAGGUGAGACAUCCAAGGUCAUCCAGUACAUUUGACAGCUGAGAUAUUUUUCUGGUCCCUUGAUCACAUCCUGACAUUUUAAGUGCCACAGGGCCAUCUAUAACCAGUUAUGCUCACAGCGUAUGAUAUAAACUUUAAAUAGUAAGAUUUGGUGGAUCAUCAGUGUUUCUUAUGACAGCUAAUACGGUAUACCGGUUUAAAGAUGCCUUUUUAAGUCCCUACUUCAUCGUGCAGUUCACUAGUACUGUAGGUGGCCCUAGCCAGUCAUCAACUCUCAGGCCUAAUUCACAUCACCGUUGUUGUGAAGAUAAAACACGGAGGCGCGGGAAGGGGGGACGGGGGCAAACGACAUUGUACGUCGUCUUCGCCUGCAGUUCCGGCAAGGGAAUUGAAGCCAUUGAAAUAAUAAGUCCUUUAUUAAGCGAAGUUUGCAAGUGAACAGAACAAGACAGUUUCCAACGACUGCCCUUUCGAGACCCGGCCGUGAAAAAAAGGCGGGCGGGUUUGUGUGGAAUCUGCGUCGGUUGCGGCUCCGUCGCGGUUGCUUGGUGACGCGGAUCAACCUUCUCCUUCCCGACGCUGCCACCUUCCCGACCUUUCUGCUUUCCUGGCCGAGCGGGUCCCUCCCGCCAAAAUGGUGGGGGGGAUCCCUGUCAAGGGACUGCGCGGAGCCGUCAGGCAAGUCUACCAGGGGAAGUUUGUCGACCGGCUCCCCGAGCUCCCCGCGGCUGGAAAGUUGUCACAAAUCGGAGAAACAGCUGCCACUUGUCUCACUGAAAUCUUGCCGCGGCCAAUUACUCCACCUGUGGUGGAAAAGUUUAGAAACACCAGCAAUCCUCCUACUGGUAGAGAAAGAGUAUUUUAUGGCCGAGCAAAUGAUCCUGAUAUUGCAUCGUAUUUGACCCAUGGUAUAAAAUCCGUCCCUUCAGAGAGUGUAGCAUCACUGGCAAACCCAUCUCCCAAGACCUGUUUUCAGCAAAAACUGAAAGAGAAGAGUGAGUCCAUUUAUUUAAGCAGCCGUGAAGCUCCCCUUGGGAAAUCCCAUGAUCAGUCAUUAAGAUUACCUAAAGGACUGGAUCUGGCCAGCACACGAUUUGGAGUAACAACCUUCAGAGAGGGUCCUGGGGGAGAGGUUAUAAAUCCACGGAAGACAUUUGAUGAAGUCCAGAGAGAAACAGAACAAGGACAUGAAUUGUAUGUUGCAACUCACAAUGAUUACUAUGUUGGGGAGCCAAUAAAUAGGAAAUAUGACCCAUCUACAUUCAACAGAUUUAAUCUUUAUGGAAAAGAAACACCCCACUGUAAUAAUGGACGAAAUGUAGCUAGAACAUUACGCUGGUUCCAUGAUCUGCAAAUGAAGAAAUCAGCCAAAAUAGUCUCUAAAAUCAGUGAUGAUUUCAAGGAAAAAUUUCAGCCCCAACUCGGAAAAGUCCUUGAUCCCAUUGCUGAUACUCUCAAUGUUCCUCCAGACCAUACAUUUGGAAUGCUUAUACGUCCUGAGGAAUAUGGUGUUGGAGACCUUCUUCAUUACAGACUUCCAAGUGAAUUCCUUCGUGGCAAAGACAGAGAGCGGGCUGUUUUUACUGCAAUUCGGCAGAAUUUGAAGAAAGCUAAUUACCAUAAUUUUGAUACAUUAUUGCAAGCUUUCAGACAUUAUGAUAAGGAUGGCGAUCGGAAAAUAAGUAGGGAAGACUUGAAAAAGACCUGCUUUCAGCUUAAUCUAGACUUGGAUGAAGAGCUGUUGGAUGCUUUAUUUAACUACUGUGAUUUGGAUAAAGAUGGCUUUAUAAACUAUCUAGAGUUUGUGAACUUCCUUAACUGGAAAGAUAAAAUGUCUCUUCAGGAAUAUGAAGAAAAAAUAAUUACCAAAGGCAAAAAGCCAGCUCCCUUUGACCUUAUUCCACCAGAAGGAGCAGAAUGCAAAGCAGAUGGAGAUGCUGUGCUAAAGCAGGAGGAUGUAGUAGAAAAAGAACCUGGAAGUUCAGAAAAAACACCCAGAACUCUUACAAGACCAACGGAUCGUGUGUUUUCUGAUUAUCGCACAACAUCUUCUCAAUAUAAUGCAGUUGUAGGAGGCAUUCCCUCUUCAUUUUACCCACUCUAUGGUGUUCCAACUAUUCGUUCAGACAUUCCUGCCCCACAAUUUCGUCGCAUCAGUGACAAUACUAAUUAUGGUGAUCAAGCAACUGCUUAUGCAUUGUUAUAUCCUUCUAUAUAUAGCAACAAAGGAGUGUAUGAAAAAGACUUCUUCAAGACAAGAUCAAAAGAAGAGAUUGCCCGCAUUCUGCGCAAUAUUGGUGUCCAACUUUCAGAUGAAAGCUUUGAUGAAAUAUGGAGGCAAGCCAGCUUGAAAGAUCACAGAGGAAAAGUUUGUGUAGAAUCCAUCAGAAAUGUCCUGGAUGAAAUGCAGGCAGCACACAUAAAAAGCAGAUGAAAAUUCUCCUCUGGGUUAUGUAGCACUUAAUGUGUUUCAUUUGCAAUUCCAUUUUCUGUGUCAGAAGUGGAUACUCCUAUUACAACUGAUUGUAAAAAAAAAAGGAAAAAAUGCAGUGCAUACAUAUGUGUUUGUUUACUGAAAAUAAUAAAGGAAACUUUUCAAUACUGAUACAGAAACAUUUUUUAAAAGAACAAAUACGUUUCUACAAUGGGAAGCAUAUAUUGUAUGCAAUAAUUUUAACAUUUCCCUUUUUUUUUGAGAAACCAGAAAAGUCACUCUGAUUGCAAGGCCAUCCUUCCCAUAUACUAUGAGUAGUUGGUAAGCAAAUGAGCAACUUGACAGAUCAGAUCAUUAGUUAAGAACACUACUCGGGCUAUUAUUCUUCAUUCUAGCCAGAGGAAUAGAUUUCUAAUGUAUGAAGUUGAUAGUAACUUUCCCUUCAUUUCUUACUCAGUGUUUCCAAUGUUACUGUUGAAAUCAGCAAUUCUUGGUGGACAUGAUUGUGGUUAAAUCUGAACUGGGGGGGACCAUUAUUUCAGCAUGUAAUUCUCAGAUUUCAUGAAUUUGCAGAAAAUAUAAAUACUGUACUCAGAAAAAAAUUGUGGCUGUAGUUUUCUCAAGUCCAAAUACUCCUCAGUUAUACUUCUGUUGAAAAAGCAGCAAUGGUAGAAGUAGCACAACACUCUUACUUUCCAAUGUAUUUGUUUAUACGAAGUAUUUUUAUCAAUAAAUUUCCUAAGUA